AGUAGUUGUUUUGUUUCAUUUAUCGUAGGUAGCUUCUAUGAAAUUAUUUCGUGGUAGUGAUAUAAUAUUGUGUCUAAGUGUUUGCUAUUGUGUCAGUGAUUAAUCUGUCAAUACUUGUGUCAUUAUUUAAAAUUAUCAGUACAAAUCUCACAACCACGACUUCAAUACUUCUGAAGCCUUACACAUGUUGGUUAACCUGAGUGUUUGUAGCAUUUAACGAGUUGGCGCGAUUAUGGGUGAAAACAAGUGUGAAUUUUCUCACGCAGUAUUCGUAAACAAUCCGAUUCAAUUCCGGUCUUACGUCCAUAAAUAUGUGGAAGUGGAAACCAUCGAAGGCGACGUACAUAAAGGAACACUGUAUACCAUUGAUCCUGUUUCCGAGAGCGUUGUUCUCGUAAAUAAAAAUGAAGACAAACUGAGUAUGGAUAUCAUAAUGGGACAUGCUGUUAAGUCUUUGCAAAUGAAAAAAAGUUGUGAGGAAGCACCAGUUGACGUGUUCUUAAAGAAGGAUGAAGAAAUGCCAUCAGGUGAAAUCGAGCGACGUAAGGGAAGAUUGGCCGGUUGGUUGGAAAAGAACAGGACACCAGUAGAAGAAGACGGCCAGAUUUUACGAAUUGGGAGUGUUGUAGAAAUACACCCACCAUAUGGAGUGCAUAACUGUUUAAGCAGUAAUGAAAUUAUAUUGGACCGCAUACAGAAACUGAUGUUAUCGAUGCCAGAUAAUUACGAUCUGGCAACAUGAACGCUCUUUUUAGUAUGAACAGCGAAACGUGUAAAAGAUGAGACAUUGUCAUUAAAUUAUUUUUACUGUAGACUGUGAAAGAGAUUUUAAAAUAUGUGUUUAUUCAAUGUUCUAAUGUCUCAAGUUUUGAAGUAACUUCACUGAGGUGCAAUACUUGUAGCCCCAGUGUGGUUCUUGAUAUUACUGUACGCAUGCUGUUAGAAAAGUCUGAAUAUGCUCAGCCAUUGUAACUUGUUGGCAAUUACUCUUUGGUUAAUACUCACAGUGAAUACACACAAUUUGGAUUGUGCAAUGUUAACAUGUUGAUUGCCAUAUGCAUAGUGAUGAAUGUUUCAUUGGCAAGCCACUGCACCUAGUGUAAGGUCUGUUGGCAGCAUUGUGGCAGUCGACUUGUUCUAAUCUUCAGUGUUCUUUUGUUGCACUACAUUUCAAAAGCUGCUAUUCUUUUCUGUCUAUUAUGUUUAUCAUCCAUGUCUCGCUUCCGUACAUAUGGAUAUUUUAGCCCUGUUUGCAGGAGACAUCUUUAGGGACAAGCUAUCAAAAUUUAUGUAACUUAUCAGAGAUGCACUAGCAUCACAUGAUCAGUAAUAAUACCCUGCGUACAGCUCAUAAUGGCCUAUAAAGCUGGAAAGCUGGGACCUUUUGAGUUUUUUCCACUGUACAGUGUUUCUCUGUAGAUAUCUCCCGCAGAGUGUGAAAUGUCAGUAAAUAGUAUCUUACAUCAACCGCAGCCUCUGAACCCAAAAGCCUACGCACAAGUAUUAAUUAGUCUUGUCAUUGUUGUAUGGAGGUAGAAAUAAAUAGUUUGCUUUGUUACUGUUCAA